AUGGAUAACCUACUCCAUCAAGAUACAGAAGAGGUCGAGACUGUGCUCACCAACAGAAAUGAGCAUGGUGAUCUAUUAGUUUUUGGUAGCGUCACUAGGGAUUUGUUAAUACUCUUUGACGAUUUCAGCCAUGCAAGUCAACAAAUUUAUAGAGAUGACAUUAAAAAAGCCUUCAAUUCUAUCCAGUUAUAUCCUUCUACAGCUCAAGUUGAAGAGAUGUUAUUGUCUGCUCAUGAAUGUUGCCAGAAUACCGAUCUUAAUAGUUUAACAUUUGGUCAGUUUGCAUUUUUUGCAUCCUUACUGAAGAAAGAAUAUCAGGAAAGAAAUAUAACAUUUGCUAAUAAAGAAGGAAGCUUAAUUGUAAAUCGAAAGCAUAGCCCAAGAACAAAUCACCCGAAUGUUCAAGUGUUUCUUGGGGGAGCAUGCAACCCAACGACAUGGAGGAAAGAAAUUGCUAUACCAAUACUUAAAGAUCAUUGUAUUACUUACUUUAACCCGACUGCAGAAUUACUUCUCUUUGUAAUUGAGGAAUCGACAAGAGGGUUGUCUUCAAUGGUGGAAGCAGCUUAUGUAGCCGGUAGUGGUGGGCCGCUCAUAUUAGUUCUUAGAGAAUUGCCUGAAACCGAAACAACCAUAGCUGGCGAGACACUUUCAGCUAGUGAGAAGGAAGACCUUAAUCGUGGUCGAAAAUUUUUGAGAGAUACGGUUGAAAGAGUGGAUAUUCCAGUAUUUACUGAUAUAGAAACUGCAAUUCACUGUUGUGCUAAGGUUAUUAAAGUUGGAACCAAGAUUACCAACUUAACGACCGAUGAUGGCGCUCAGCCAGUUAGACUCGCGGAUAUAUCUGUAGAUGAUAGUUUUAUAGCUGCCAAGGAAAAAUAUGAUGACUACAAUUCUGGUGGUUCGGGAAAGUUAACACUUAAUGAGGUUGCUCUAGCCUACAAAGCUUUUAGUGGAAAGGCGUUAUCGCAGGAUAAUGUAGAAAUGUUGUCGGGCUUGUAUGAAAGCGAUCCUUCUAAGAUUAGAAUGUCGUUCGAAGAAUUUUGCUGCUUACUAACAGAAAUGCUUUCAGACAGGAUGAUCUGUUUAGAUUGGUUGUUUAAUGGUGGUCCAGACAUUUUACAUGAAAAGGAUGAAUCGGUUUUCGAACGCGAUAUAUUUCUUGGUGGCAGCUGUGGUCGAUCAACAUGGAGAGAAGAUGUAGCUAUUCCGUUGCUAAAGAAACAGGCAAUUUCCUAUUUUAAUCCGCAAUUACCUGACUGGUCGAUGAAAUUUCUUGGUAUUGAGGCUGAAGCAAAAAAACAUUCGAGACUUUUGCUAUACUUUAUCGGGAAUGAGAGUCGAUGUGUUGCGUCGAUGGUUGAGAUCGCUUACUAUAUCGGCUUGGGUAGGAAUGUUGUUCUCUGUAUUCAAAAUUUUACCGACGGAAACCUUCUAGAUGGAGUUACAGUUACUGGUAGAAGUUUACUUGACUACAACCGAGCAAGGAGUUAUUUAUCAGAUAUUGCAAAUCGUGCAUCGAUCCCUGUGUUCGAUGAUAUUACUGAGGCUAUUAUGAGUGCAAUUCAAGAAAUCAAAUUAUCAAGCCGAGAAAGCGAGACCUAA